CCUCGGUGUCAGUUACCUUAUGCUUCAGAUUUCGAUGGAGAGAAGCUAUAAAAAGGUCACCGGGAGCACCGGGAUGGUCACUGCAGUGGACUCCAGUCUUGUCUGUGUCAUCCGUGCCCUACAAAGCAAAGACAUCCGAGCUUAAAAUGGCCUUCGCAGGUGUAUUGAAAGACGCUGACAUCACCAAAGCCCUGGACGAGUGCAAAGGCGCGGACUCAUUCUGCCACAAGAAGUUCUUCCACUCCUGCGGUCUGGCCGGCAAGAGCGCCGAUGACGUCAAGAAGGCCUUCGGCAUCAUCGAUCAGGACCAUAGCGGGUUCAUUGAGGAGGAGGAGCUGAAGCUGUUUCUGCAGAACUUCCACAAAGGUGCACGUGCGUUGACCGACAAAGAGACCCAUGCUUUCCUCAAGGUCGCUGACAGUGACGGUGACGGCAAGAUUGGAACCGAUGAGUUCGCUGCCAUGGUUAAGCAAUAAGAAGUCAACUGACCAACAACACCUGCUGUAAUGGAACAACAAUGCCCAUAUCGACCUCCCCCUUUUCAUCUGAUUAUAAAUAAUUUUUAUACAUUUGCUUAAGGGAUGUUUCCUCCUAUGCAACACACUGUCCAAAAUGAUGAUUGUGAAUGUCGCUCGGUUGUGUUCAUGUCUUAAGUAUGAAUUUUGCUUACUGUAAAAUCUAUGAUGCACUUUCCAGGAACUAAUGGUAAAAGAAGAAUAAAUAUUCUUUUCCUACAA